AUGCAGUUCCUCGACCUCGCACCCGAGUUGGUCCAUCAGAUUUUACUCGAAGCCGUCCUUACUCGCGGGAUCCAUAGAUCUAUCACAUUAAGACUUGUAUGCAAGCGGUUUUAUUAUGACGUCCAAUUUGCGCUAUUUAGAUCUCACCUUCUAGACGAUUACAAGACCAACAGACUCUUAUGCCUCUGGGAAAUAGAUGGAAAUAAAUGGGCGAGCACAUUUUGGCACUCCUACCUUGUAUACAGAGUCCAAUAUAACUCCGAUUCCUGCCCACCCCAUUUUUGCCACAUCCGCAGACUUGUCGAAACUCUCUGUGCGGAAACGGGCAACGACGUGAGAACCACAAUCGAAAGACUUUGCUGGCCGAUAUUAAGACACGCAACAAAUCGUGCCAGUUCCAAUUUGAUUGAUUUAAACUUCAAGUUGGAUCUUUUAUGUGCCGCAACUUAUCUCAAUAUCAUCCCUGUAGUAAAACGCUUACUCAAAGAAGGAUACCCACCACGGACUAUGCGCGAUCUCUUCGUUACACCUAUGGCAUUGGCUGCAUGGGCAGGAAAUAAAGAUCUACUAGAAUAUUUGCAAAAGAUGGUGAUUGAAAGCCAAUCAAGUCACGAUUCAGAAGCUGAGCGCUUCAGCUCGAUUGUAACGGCGGCAAUGAGCGGAGACAUAGAGAUGGUACGCACUGCUUUGUAUCCGCCAUCGUGGUCAACUAUCAAUGAUACGAACUUCAUAGACGGGUCGUUUAUCCCCCUAGAAUCAUCCGCUUCGUUUUCUCUUUGGAAAGCGCAAAGGUCCACAGGGAAUCUUGAAAUAUACAAAUACAUUGAAGGAUUCUUUCCAAGACCUGUAGAGCAACCGAGCAAGAGUCUCCUAGUGUUGCAUAUUCGUUUAGGAAAUUUCGAGAUAGUGAAGUACAUCCUCGAUACAACAGGAACGUUUUUCCGUGGGGUUCGGGGUGCCGACGGAGCAAAGCAUCGAGACAUGAUUCAUCUUCUACUUGAAUACGGCUUCGAUAGAAACUUCUCUCGCUUAGACGGACAGCAAUCGGAAUGGCUAGGAAAUAAAUCUAUAUCCAUUGAAGCCCAGACAAGAAAUAUGCUACUCGUUCACAAGCUCUUCGAUCGCGGGGCCGGUAUAGACGAUGUUAUAACGGCCAAAAGUGCGCUAAAAUGGGCGAUAUCAAGGGAGGAUACGGUUAUGGUGGGGAUACUUUUGGCUUCGGGAAUCGAUUUGGCAAGUUGCGGAGGAAGGAUGUUGAAAUUGGCUGUAACCCUUGGUCUUGACUCGAUGGAAGACAUUUUGCAGGCGGAGUUCUUCAAACUUUCAAUACCUCAAAGGGCGCGUUGGAUGAUGAUAUCGGAUGGCAGGAUCGAUCCAGAGAAACAUGAACAAUGA